UCGUGCGAUGGUAUUUCUUUUAGACUGCUGCGAAGAGCCAUCAUUGAUAAGUGUUGCCAACGUCCGCGGGAGCUUCGGACUACUCUAAUACCGGUAUUACUACCAUCAGAAACUGUCUACUUUAUCAAACCUGGAAUAGCCAUUAGACUCAACCGAGGUAUAAUCCAACCUUGUUACUGCUCUAUAGGUUUUUGAGUUUGAUUCUCAUUUUUUGUGGCCAAAAAUCUUUAUCUUUUAUUUGUCUAUGUCUUAUCGGGAAGCCUUCGAAUUACGUGAUCAAUUCGAACUUGGCGCGACGCUCCCCUUUGUACUUCUACCCUUUUUUAUCAUAUUUAUACUCAUUUCGAUUUCAUUCUGCAAUUCCUGAUACGACAUAAUGACUACAAAGCCUUUCAAGCCAUCCAAGACGCCCUAUACCCCAGUAUUCUAUUCUAGCCCGUUUUCUUCCUCAAUGUCGUCGUCAGUGGCAUCUGGACACCGUUCACCAUCUGCAUAUCUGGAACAGCUAUCUCAACGACAUAUAGCACUUGCUGGACUGGAAGAAAUUCCAGCGUCGGACUGUGGCUCCGACUUUGACGACGAUGCCCAACAACGUGUGCGCAUACUGCACGACCAAGUUGUCGAAGCUCUUGAAUACAGUAGUGGGGAUCCUGCAGACGGCAAAUGGACUCGUCUAAGAGAGCUGCUUCGACUUCGUUCCACCAGUGCAGGCAAACGAUGGAUUGGCGUUCGCACUGAUGGAGAGGAGGCGCAGCCUGGACCCUGUGGAUUCGUUUUGGUCGGCACCGAAGAGGAGUGGUUCGAGUGGGAAAAACGGAGAGAAGCCGAGAAACUGUUGAAGAGCAAAGUGGAGAACUGGCAGAAGGAUGUCGUUAUCCAUGACCCACCUUUGGACGACACAGAGUCACUACCAGGCCGGGCCAAAUCUCGGGCCAAGUCGAAGGACAAGGCAGUGGUCGAAGUCGAGGUUCCCGCAGCAAAAUUCAGCCCAAAGGGUGCAAGCAAGGCUGGUUCAUCUGCUACCAAAGGCCGGAAAAGUCGUGAUCCUAAGAACCCGUCGCCAUUGGGAUUUACCGUUUCGAAGCGUAGCAAAGUGACAGACGCUGCGAAAAAGAAACCGUCUCCACCACCGAAAGAUAAAUCAGACGACAUAUACGUGCCUGUAAACGGAAACAUCAGCAGUAUUUCUGCGGGCAAAGCAAACAUCAGUGAUGUUUCCGAGACGGCUUUUUUCCCACCUUCGUUUCCUACGGGACUUGACACUUCUACUCCACCGGACCUUGGACGCAAGAAACCUCCCCCCAUUGUCUUUGUCCCAUCCUCUUCCCCUGCAUCUUCACCCAACGUGGACCCUCCACCCUUAUCCACAGAUAUAUCUACUCCAGAGCAGAAUGGUCUCCGCCGCUCAGAGUCGUUUCAAAUCCCAGGGCUAACCCUGCUUAAGAGACAAAAUUCUUCUACGCCUGAUAGACCUUCGAAGCAUUCGCGGACAGAACCACCACCUUCAGAUUCUAGCAAUAUCAUACUACAACCAGAAGCCUCCCCAUUGGCUGAUCUAGUUGCCAGGAAGCAACAAACGGCGAUCCCGACGACGCCUCAGAAAAAGCCCUUACCGACGCUAACAGAGCUCCUCGCCUCGGCUAGAAAGACGCCCAAAGGCAAAGGACGCGUUGUUCCCAAACCGCGUUCCCCUGUUAAGACCCCGGUACCAAUUGUACCGGAGGAGCCUGUGAAUGUGGACCUAGACAUGGACAUGGACGUCGACUUCGUAUCGCCUGCCAAGUCGCUAUCAUCUAUUGCUGACGAGGAUUCUGAUGGUGAUGAUGACGGCGAUGGGGGCGAGCUUCCUGAUUUCACAUACGAUGCCGGAGCGUUUAAACCGCCCUUUGCAUCUACGCAGCUCCAGGGGUCGCAGUUGGGAUAUAAUUCCCAGGUGGACGUGGAACGAAAUGUCAAUGAGCUUGAUAAAUUUUUAGCCAGAGAUGUUGAUAUGAGUGGAGACGAGGAUGAUGAUGACCUGUACAGGCGCAGAGAUGGGGACGUAGACUAUGCUACGUGGCUGAAACCUGAAGUUCUGGCUAGCGCUAGCAGUGAGAAGAGCGAGACCCAUUCCCAUAUAUAACCUUUUUCUUGUAUCACCACUACAUCUGUUCAACGUUUCACAAGAGCGCCAAAAUACUAAUUAAGAAUCUAUUUACAUAAAUAUGUGCACCAAAAUGAGAGUCGUGAUAAAG